CACCAGCCAGGGGACAGCCACAGCAGCGAGUGACAGCCAGUGCACAUGGCUGGGGACAGCGGGAUGGCCGGGAAGGUGACACUGCUCCUGUGGGCACAGACCCUCGGCCUCGCUGGUGCCCAGAUGUCCCAGCUCCUCGUGGAGCCCCCCUGGAGGCCGGCGGUGCUGUGGGACCCUGUGACACUGACCUGCCAGGGCUCAGGGACCGCCAGUGACACCACCUGGUACAAGGACGGGCAGCGCUGGUGGCAGAAGGGAGGCGACCAUGUCACUGUCACCGAGAGUGGCACCUACACGUGUGACAGACCCGACACCGGUCUCAGCCACCCGGUGACAGUCUCAAAUGACUGGCUGGCACUGCAGGUGCCAGCGCGGGCGCUGCUGGAGGGGGACACGGUGACACUGCGCUGCCGGGGCUGGAGGAACAACACUGUCACCUCGGUGUCCUUCUACCACGAGAGGGAGAAACUGAGGGGGCUCCGCGGUGGCACCGAGCUGUCCCUGUCCCCUCUGCAGCUGCACCACAGCGGUAACUACAGCUGCGAGGGCCUGGUGGGAUCCUGGGUGUUGCAUGAGUCAGCACCGGUGACAAUGACAGUGUACGCCAGGUUAGAGUUGCAGGUGUCGGCGCGGGAGCUGCUGGAGGGGGACACGGUGACACUGCGCUGCCUGCGCUGGCAGAACAACCCGGUCACCGGAGUGCGAUUCUAUCAUGGGGACAAGGAGUUGGGGGGGUCCCUCAAUGGGACCGAGCUGUCCCUGUCCCCUCUGCAGCAGAAGCACAGUGGCCGCUACAGCUGUGAGGGCCGGGUGGACUCCGGAGUGUCACCGUGGGCAAAGUCGGCACCAGUGACAGUGACAGUGCACGAGCUCUUCUCAGUGCCGGUGCUGGAGGGUCCCGCCGAGCCCAGCCUGGGGUCGCCCCUGACUCUCAGCUGCCUCAGCACCCCCAGCCCCCUGCGGCCCCCAGCCCCCCUCCUGCACGUGUUCUACCGGGACGGGCAGGUGCUGGGGGGCCCGCAGGUGUCCCAACAGCUGCUGGUGCCCACCGUGGGGGUCUCCCACUCGGGGAAUUACAGCUGCCAGGUGCGCUCCGAGGGGGGGAACGUGCGGAAGAUCAGCGCCCGGCUCCGCGUCAUGGUGCUCAGUGAGUGCAGGGAUGGGCACGGGGAUCGCCCACAGCCUUCCUGCGUCCUCUUCCUGGGGACGACCAUGUCCUUCCAGACACCUUUCUUGCGUUACCCUUCUCUGCCCUUUGUCCCCUCACCCCUCUGUGGUGUGACCCCACACAUGACAUCCUCCGGCACACACCCAUCCCCCCUGUCCCUGUCCCCCCACACCAGCUGCCAGACCCUCCCUGUGCCCUCAGCCCUGUCUGUGUCCCCAGUGCCCGUGGCCAAUGCCUCCAUCACCCCCGCUCCCCUGGCACACCAGGUGCGCCCAGGUGACAACGUCACCCUGCACUGCUCAGUGCAGGUGGGCUCAGCCCCUGUCACCUUCACCUGGCUGCACAAUGGGCAGGAGGUGGCCCGGGGUCCCCUCCUGGAGCUCAGGGACGUCGAUGUGGGACAUUCGGGCACCUACCAGUGCGUGGCCACCAACCAGCUGGGACAGGACGGGCACCGCGUGUUCCGGGCACUCAGCCCUGAGCUGGAACUGGAGGUGACACCUGGCUCACCCUGGGUCACAGUGGCCGCAGGGGUCGGUGGGGCCCUUUUGUUCCUGCUCCUGCUCGUGGGUGUCAUUGUUGCCUGGCACUGGUGGCACCACCUGGCUGCCAGGAAGAACCAGGAAAGGGUCCCUCCGGAUCCCCCGGCCCCCCCAGAGGAGGGGGAGGUGCUGUACACCCACAUCGUGGUCACCAAGAGGGCAGGGGUGUCCCCCCGUGCCACCACCCUCCAGGAUCCCCAGGUGACCUACGCAGAGCUGAGGGGACACCAGGGGCGACGGCAGGAACCUGGUGACAUCUACAGGAAUGUGCUGUGACACUGGGGGGAACUGGGGGGCACUGGGGGUCCCCACCCACGGGCACCAAUUCGUGUCUGUGCUGCAACCAAAAACUGCUCCUCUCCCUCCCUGUGGGGGCACAAAGAUCCCAAAGGGCUGAGAGAAGAACAAUUUCCUGAAACAGCAACGAGAGAGAAUAAAACCAACAGCAACAGCAACAA